AUGAUACAUUAUGAUAUGUUUAUGAAGAGAGAAGAAGGAGAUUUAGAACGUUGUUCAAUCUAUGAUGGAGCAUCAACCGUUAAUCUAGUAUUUCUGAUUCUAAUCUCCUUUGGGAUUAUAUUAAGUUAUGUACCACAAUAUAUUAGAAUACAUCGUAAGAGAACAUCUGAAGGUUUAUCAACUAAUUUCUUAUUGUUAGGUUCAUGUUCUUCCAUUUUUACAUUGACUAAUAUCAUUUUAAUUAGUUCAAUUGCUAGACAUUGUUGUUCUAUUGGUGCUUUAGAUUCAUUCAAUUGUUUCAAUUCCCAAUUAAAUCUUAUUCAAAUUGGUAUCCAAUGUACUUGUGCUAUAUUAAUCCUUGUAUUAGUAUUGUUAUGGACUAGAGAUUCAAUUAAACAAGAUAAACAUGAAUAUCAUAGAAUUGUACAAGUAGGGAAAUUAGUUGCCCUUCAUGGAGCUGUAUCAUUAUUACAAGUUAUUAUUGGUUUAUCUUCAAAUAAAACUAUAUUGUACACCAUUGCCAAUACCAAUGGAUUAUUAUCUACUUUAUUAACAGUUAUCAAAUAUGUACCUCAGAUUUAUACUACUUAUCAAUUAAAACAUCCAGGUACUUUAUCUAUUGGGAUGAUGUGUAUUCAAACACCAGGUGGAUUCAUUUUUACAGCUACAUUAUUCUUCACUAAAGGGUCACAUUGGAGUUCAUGGGUUUCAUAUUUAGUAGCGGCUUCCCUUCAAGGUUUCUUAUUAACACUUUCUAUUUAUUAUGAAUAUUUUAAGGAUGGUGGUCAUGGACACGCCGAAGAAUUAGAAAGAGAAGCUAUUGAAAGAAUUAUUAAUGAGAAUCUUCAUGAGCAAUUAGAACAUCCAGAACAACUGGAAUUAAGAGAUGAAGAAGGAAGUCCUCUUCUUUCCGAUUAA